CUUGCAGUUCGUCGGGGGUGUCGAUCGCCAUGGGCUCGUCGGUGAGCUCCUGCUGCGGCAGCGCCGAGAAGGUGGAGCAAGGGUGCGUGAGCGCGUCGAUGAGCAGCAGCACGUGGAGGAUGUUCAGCUACAAGGAGCUGCACGCGGCGACGAACGGGUUCAGCGAGGAGAACAAGCUCGGCGAGGGCGGCUUCGGCAGCGUCUACUGGGGCAAGACCUCCGAUGGCCUCCAGAUCGCGGUGAAGAAGCUGAAGGCGACGAACAACUCCAAGGCGGAGAUGGAGUUCGCGGUGGAGGUGGAGGUGCUGGCCAGGGUGCGGCACAAGAACCUGCUCGGCCUCCGCGGCUACUGCGCCGGUGCCGGCGCCGGCGCCGCCGAGCAGCGGAUGAUCGUGUACGACUACAUGCCGAACCUCAGCCUGCUCUCCCACCUCCACGGCCAGUUCGCCGCCGACGUCCAGCUCGACUGGAGGCGCCGCAUGGACGUCGCCGUCGGCUCCGCCGAGGGCCUCGUGUACCUCCACCACGAGGUGGCGCCGCACAUCAUCCACCGCGACAUCAAGGCCAGCAACGUGCUGCUCGACUCCGACUUCGCGCCGCUCGUCGCCGACUUCGGGUUCGCCAAGCUGGUGCCGGAGGGGGUGUCGCACAUGACCACCAGGGUGAAGGGCACCCUGGGCUACCUGGCGCCGGAGUACGCCAUGUGGGGGAAGGUCUCCGGCGCCUGCGACGUCUACAGCUUCGGCAUCCUCCUCCUCGAGCUCGUCUCCGGCCGGAAGCCCAUCGAGCGGCUCCCCUCGGGCGCCAAGCGCACCAUCACCGAGUGGGCGGAGCCGCUCAUCGCGCGCGGCCGCCUCGGCGACCUCGUCGACCCGCGGCUCCGGGGCGCGUUCGACGCCGCGCAGCUCGCGCGCGUCGUCGAGGCCGCCGCGCUCUGCGUGCAGGGCGAGCCCGACCGCCGCCCCGACAUGCGCGUCGUCGUCAGCAUCCUACGCGGCGACGCCGACGCGGCGGCGGUGGCCGGGACAAAGAAGGACCAGCCGGUGAGGAUAAAGAGCAUCAAGUACGCGGACCACCUCAUGGAGAUGGACAAGAGCAGCGUCAUGAACUUCGGGGUGUUCGGCGCCAUGCCGGUGCACCAGACGAUGCAGGAUCCCUACGUCAAGAGUUUUGGAGGAGAAGGUGGUAUCAAGAACUGA